AUGGCUGCCCUCAUCCAAUUCAACGCCAUCCACGCAAAAACAAAAGAACAACUCCGAACUCUCAACCUCACCUCCACCCCUCCCCCCAUCCAACCCCACCUAAGCCCCUACGAACCCCCCUUCGAACGCGACCCAAAAGCCUUCCCACAAGACGAAGAGUCCCACGACCCCGACGACAACAACACCUCCCCCUACACCUCCCUCCCAGGCAUCUCCCUCCAAGCCACCAACUCAGGCUCACACUUCUACCUCGUAACUUGGGACUCCGCCUCGGACCCGACCAACCCACGCAACUGGUCGCUUUCCAAACGCCUAAAAGUCCUCUUUCUGCUAGACCUCGUCGCUGCCGUCGUAACAACAGCAAGCUCCAUCGAAGCCCCUGUCGCCCCACAGAGCGCUGCCUUCUUCCACGCUUCAGAAUCCGUACACGCAUUUUGCAGCACGGGGAUUUAUCUCAUGGGCUUCGGCCUGGGCUCGCUGGUUGCAGCACCGGCGUCUGAGAUCUUGGGGCGCUACCAGGUGUAUCUGUACUCGCUGGUGACGUGCGAGUGCUGGCUCAUCGGUGCAGCGCUCGCGCCGAAUUUAGCCUCGUUGGCGAUAUUCCGAUUCUUGGCUGGCUGUUUUGCGUCUGCACCGACGACGGUGGCGGGAGGUAGUAUGAGCGAUCUGUGGUCGGCGCGGGAGAUGACGUGGACGUUUCCUGUGUUUGGGGUUGUGGGGUUUGGCGGGCCCGUACUGGGGCCUGUGAUUGCGAGUUAUAUUGGGGAGAGCAAAGUGGUAAGUUGGCGGUGGGCGGAGUGGAUAAUUGUGGUUUUGACGGGGGUUUGUAUAGUAGUUGUUGCGGUGGCGAUGGAGGAGACGUAUCCGCCGCAGCUGCUGAAGUUGAAGGCGAAGCAGUUGAGGAAGUUUACAGGUGACAGAAGGUUUAAGACGGCGGAGGAGGAUGAGGAUGAGGGGCUUGGAAGCAAGCUCAAGAAGAACUUUACUCGGCCGUUUCGUCUGGCGCUUGAACCGAUUGUGGUUUUGCUAACGUUCUACAAUACGCUCGUGUAUGUGGUGUUGUUCACGUUCCUCGUGGGUUACCCAUACACAUUCCAAAAGACGUACGGAAUGAGCCAGGGACUCAAGAACUUAUGCUUCCUUGGCCUGUUGGUUGGCAUCCUGCUAUCGACAGCUCUCAUUCCCUUUAUUUGGACAAAAACAGAGCGGCUGUGCCGUGAGAAAGGAGAUGAUGGCUCGGGAAAAUCGAUUCCCCAGGAGUCGCGGCUGAUGUUUGCAAUGUUUGGGGCACCAUUCAUACCGAUCGGGCUCUUCUGGAUGGGCUGGACAAGCUAUGAAACUAUAUCAGUUUGGUCACCACUGGCUGCCUCAGUCGUCAUUGGUUUCGGUACGGUAUGCAUAUUCAUGAGCACUUACCUGUAUAUCAUCGACAGCUAUCAGAUGUAUGCUGCAUCUGCACUGAGUUUCCAAACUACUGUGCGCUAUGUCAUAGCCAGCGUCAUGACAAUUGGCGGUACAACAAUGUAUAGGGACAUUGGAACGCACUGGGCGCUGACCGUGCUUGGGUGUAUUGCCAUAGUUGUUACUCCUGUUCCAUAUGUCUUAUACCGCUACGGCGAAAUUAUUCGCAGAAAGAGUAAAUUUGCCGUUAGAUAG